AUGGAGGGCAGUAGCAAGAUUAAACCCGCAGCAAGGGUAUCUGGCCAGAAGCAAGAUGUCUGGUCCAUCAUCAACGAAGCAGCCGCCGCUUCCCCCAAACAGCCCAUCGUAAACAUGGGCCAAGGCUUCUUUGGUUACAACCCCCCCGACUUCAUCCUCAAUGCUGCCAAGGACGCUCUCGACCGCGUCGAAUGCAACCAGUACUCGCCUACCAAGGGGCGGCCACGGCUCAAGAAGGCCAUUGCGGAUGCGUACUCGCCCUUCUGGGGUCGCAAGAUUGAUCCCGAGACGGAGGUUACCAUUACCACGGGUGCUAAUGAAGGCAUGCUGAGUGCGUUCAUGGCCUUCAUCGAACCUGGCGACGAGGUCAUCAUCUUUGAACCCUUCUUUGACCAGUACAUAAGUAAUAUUGAAAUGCCGGGCGGCAAAAUCGUCUACGUGCCCAUGCAUCCCCCCGAAACAGGCGCAACCAAGACCUCGUCCGCCGCAGACUGGACGAUUGACUUUGCCGAGCUGGAGAAGGCGAUUACACCACGCACCAAGAUGAUUGUCUUGAACACACCUCACAACCCCGUCGGCAAGGUGUACUCGCGCGAUGAGCUCCAGAAAAUAGGUGACUUGUGCGUCAAGAACGAAGUCAUUAUUCUGUCCGACGAAGUUUACGAUCGCCUCUACUACGUGCCGUUUACACGAAUGGCCACUUUGUCCCCGGAGAUUGAGAAAUUGACAAUCACCGUCGGAUCCGCGGGCAAGAACUUUUACGCAACAGGCUGGCGAGUCGGCUGGCUCAUGGGCCCCGCCAACCUCAUCAAAUACGUCUCGGCAGCCCACACGCGCAUCUGCUAUUCGUCCGUCUCGCCGCUCCAGGAAGCCUGCGCCGUGGGCUUCGAGCAAGCCGAGUCGGAGGGCUUCUGGGACAAAACCAUUACCGACAUGAAGUCCAAGAUGGACCGCUUCAAUGAGAUCUGGGCCGAGCUCGACCUGCCCUACUCCGAGCCCGAAGGCGGUUACUUCGUGCUCGUUAAUAUGAAAAAAGUCCAGGUGCCGGCCGACUAUCCCUUCCCCGAACACGUCGCCAGCAGACCGCGGGAUUUUAAGCUGGCGUGGUUUUUGAUCCAGGAGGUGGGCGUGGCGGCGAUUCCGCCAACCGAGUUUUACACCCAUGCGAAUGCGCACUUGGCGGAGGAUUAUGUGCGGUUUGCAGUUUGCAAGGACGAUGAAGUUUUGGAGGAGGCUAAGCGGAGGUUGAGGGGGUUGAAGAAGUAUAUGCAGUGA